GCGGCGCAGUUACUAGUAGAAGCAACGAGGCCCAUCGUCAGAGGCGCAAGCGAGCGGCCGCGCGCGACUUCUCCCGGAAACCCCCAAACCCCCACCGAGUCUCCCCCAGACCACCGCAUCGCCUUCCCUCCCCCAGCGAACCCGAGCCCCUGCAGCGGAGACACGCGAUGGCGGUGACCGACGCGGCGGCGAUGGCCGUCGUGAGGGCGGCGCGCCCGGCCCUCCGCGGCGCCCACGACGGCGUCGCCUUCGCCGCCCACGCCGCCUUCCUCGCCGCCGGGUACUCGCUCUGCGCCGUCGGCCCCGCCGCGCUCGCCGACCCCCCGCCCUCAGGCGAAGAGGAGGUAGGGAUCGAUGGUUGGAACAGCAUGGAGAACUGCUACGCCUUUUUGUAUAGCAAGGAGGAGAAGGGCAAGAAGAAACGGGUGCUAGUGAAAUGUCUGGUGAUUGGUGAAUUACUUGCCAUCGAUGUCCUGGAUCUUGAGGCACAGGAUAAGGGCCCAUAUAAUAUCCAGAUCAACGUGAAAGAUUUCUUCUCCGAAGAGCAGCACAAGAAUUAUGGGGAUAUGUACAAGAACUAUGCAGGCCUCAUUGAGACUGUGAAUUCAAAUGUGUUGUGCAAAUUGGAUGGGAAGGAUGAUGGUGCAGUGGCUGGUAAGAACCCUGAUGCUGAUGCCAAGAAUCCUAAUGCUGAAAGCAGUUCAUCAUUACACAGCUCCGAGAAUCCAGGUCCUAGAACUGCUGACCCUUCUAGCCUAAUAUAUCCUCCAAUAGCUCCGCUUGGUUCUGAUGACCUCUUCCCAGGGCCUGGUGCAGGCUUCUACCCUCACAGUGGUAUUGGGAGUGGUGGCAGCAUGCAUGUUGGUCCAAAUGAUCCACGUUUCUUUCCUUCAAAUCCCUUCCCUUCCCCAUUUGGUGGCCCUGGGAGUGUUCCACCGGGUGGUCGCUAUGAUCCAAUUGGCCCACCUGGUGUACCAGGGUUUGAACCAUCAAACUUUGUUAGGCGUCCGAGGCGGCCUCCCGGCGGGAGCACUCACCCAGACCUCGAGUUCUUCCAGCAAGGCCCAGACUUCUGAUACUCAGAGGCCAACCUCAUCCCUGCUCCCACGGAAUAACAUGGCACUGUUUGCCACCCCAAGCUAGAGUGUAGAGAGCGCUUUAUGUGACUUCGUCUUCUAUAUCGCAGCUAGUUCUGUACCGUGACUCUGCCUGUAAAGAUGGAUGUGAACCUUUCUGUAUCUACCCUUAGAUCCAAACCGUCCUUUUGUCGCAGUCUGUUGCAUUCUUGUAUAUAUGUAUCUAUCAGCAUUGUACCGACUGAAAGCGAAACUUGUCGAAAA